GACAACCCCGAGCAUUGGCAAUUUACUCAUAAAUUCUUUUUCACGGUUGGGAACGACAGUGUCGUGACAUUCGUGCAUUUCCACCCAGAAGAAAAGAAUGAAGUCCUAACAAUGAAAAAAGUUUUAACAAGCACUCUGUCCGUAAAAAGACAGGUAGAUGAUGGCGAUCACUGGAGAUUCACGUCUAAGGAAGAAGAUCACGCAGGUGAUCUAGAACAUGAGUAUGAAGCCACUCGCCACAGCGACGGUAUAACAUUCGUCCGCAAACAUCAAAGCUUGCAAGAUGUUCAUAGACUUCAUAAUAAGACGGUUCAUCUUGAUCUGAGGGGUACACCAGUGCACAUAGAUGCCCUAGAUAACAUUACAUUACGCCACACGCCAUCUAAGGUGUCCAGUAAAACAAUGGAUGGCUUUCAAGAGAUAGAAGAGGAAUAUUCAGGAGAAUUCCCGAAGAUCGGCUCUAUAUCAAGAAGUAAGAUGAAGAUGACAUCUAAAAGGAAGCAUAAUGAAUGGACUAGCCACAGUCUACGUGGCAUGCAGAAAGAUACACUGACUGUACGACAGGUUCUUCCAGAGAAAGUGGCACUGCAGAAAGUGGCGAAAGAAAUACAAAGUCAUCUGGCGUGUGUUCAUUCUAUAGAAAAUAAAUAUGAUAGAAACAGAACAGAAUGUGUGCAUAAUUUGCGAAAAUUGAUUUAUUCCCUGAAGAAAGAAGACUUCUUAAAUUUCGGCACAAAAGUACUUACACGCACCUGUGAAGAAAUCGACAUAUUAUGUAAAGAUGAAAGAAAUCUUUUCAUAGACAUUAUAGCAAGCGAAGGAAGCGUUGAGGCUCAGUUAAUGGUUCUUGAUUUGGUCAUGCGUAGGCCAAAUGUCAGUGAAGACGACUUAAGAAGAUGCUUAUUUCAUGCAAUAGCCAUAACAUCACCGGCACUUGAAAUUGUCCAGCACAUUGAGGCCCUCUGCUUCGGUGAGGAUUCAAGACCUGGAGAGACACCUACGUUAACAAAGACCAGGAAAAGAGCAUGUUUAUCACUUGGGGCCAUGGCUAAAUCACUACAUGACAAGAACAUGACUGAGUCUGACAGAAUUGUUGAGAAAAUUGAAAACUGGCUCGAUCAUCACAAUGAAACAAGAUCAAUGGAGAUUGUAAAACCAAGAAAAAGACGAUCUAUAACUCAGCAUGAUAUGACGGCUAGAAAACAUAUUGAAACAAAGAUGGUGCUCAUUCAGAGUCUUGGAAACGCAGGAAAAUCUAGAUCAAUGAAGCAUAUCAAGUCAUAUAUGGAGCCUAAUGUUGGUGUAACCGCAUGGCGCCGAGCAGCUAUACAUAGCCUUAGACAUUUCUCAUGUAACGAAAGCGUACAUGCACUUUUAACGAGUGCUUUACAUGAUGACGAUGAUGUUGUUCGAAAAACGGCAGCACAAGUUUUGAAGAAACAUCCAAGAAGUGACAAAUUCACAAUAGAUCAAGAAAAUGUUGUCCUGAGCAAGAAUUACAGUUAUCCUAUUGUUGCGCGUAUACGACGAAGUUCGUUCCAGACUUUGGAACAGGGCAUCCAAGUUCUUAUCGAACCUCCGGGUAUUGAAUGGGACAAGACGAUCGGAAAUAGUGCUAUUGGAGCAAGUUUUGGUCUUCAUAUACGAAAUAUUCUUGACCUGAAGUUAGCACUUCUAAGCGGCCAUUUCAUGAUAGACGUCUAUGACGGCGCUUAUGCGGAAGCUCACGUUGGAUUGAUCAACUAUCAAGUUAACAUCGUCAAAGCUUAUGUUUGCUUUAAAGGUCAUAUUGCGUAUGAUCUCAAUGUAUUAAAGGACUUCGGUAUCAACAGCUUGUCGGACUUGGUGCACAUCUAUGACAAAAUCCUCGCGAAAAUUGUAACUCCGAUAACAGAUGCUGUCAAACAGUUUAGAGAAAAUAUCAUGCCAUUUAAAGAUAUUGUCAAAAGUUUUGUAAAAGUCGUGAAAGAUCUACCCACAAUUCUUGGAGAUGUGGCUCAAAAGCUAAAGGAUUUUCUUGUGCAAAUAUUUAACAUUGCUGGAUCCACGACAGUGGAAGAAGUAAAAAUCAUUAUACAAAAUGUCCGCAAUUUCGUAGAUGGUAUUAAGCAAGAUGUCUUAAAAUUUUACAAUGAUAUCGUCGACGUCGUUACUAUUGGCCUUCCUUACAUAUCGAAGGAAAUUGUUGAUGGAUUCAAUCUAAUUAUAAGUGCUUUAAGCCAAUUAGUUAACAAUCCUAUGCAAGCAAUAACAUCGAUGUCAAGGGCCAUAUCGAACAUUAAAAUUGCGGUAACAAUGGUUGUAGAUAUCAAAGAUAAAGUGAUUGACGCAUGUAUGUUUUUGAAAGGUCGUGCAGUUGAAUGGUUGAAUACAGCUAAGCAGAUACCAAGUAUAAUCAGGCGACUUGGUGAAGCUCUGAAGAAACUUGUUAAGUCAAUUACUGGUCGUAAACGUCGUGACCUGAAGUCAGAAAUGACCAAAGAACUUAGUGAUGGCAUCGGUGAUAUGAAAAACUCACUCCACAACUUGGAAAGUGAUUUGAAAGCCAAAUGGGACCAAGUUCUUGAGCCCUUACAACCUUUAACUAAUAUUGUGAAACCAUUUGUUGAUGACUUUAAAUCAAUUAUGGAUCUGAUAAAAGGAGUGAAAUGGGGUUAUAAAACUGUCAAAGCAGUAAUUGAAACCAGCAAAUCACUAGUACAGAAAGUUUUUGGUCCAAAAUUCCACAUAAAUUUUCCGACAGAAAGGCGCAAGGCCAAAGGAUCCUGCAAAGAAGGGGUAUGGCCAUCAACGACACAACACACAUACCAAACAACUGGUGUUGACAUAACGUUAGGAAGGGGAAAGUCGAUAGUAAUGCCAGUGAAUGGAAUCCUGCAUGUUCAAUCAUCUAGAAAUCGAGUUAUCGUUCAGCCAAUAGACCCCGAGUUUAUAGUUCUUGAGAUCGUUAUUGAAAACAUUGACCCCGAUGAAAAGUGGGACGGGAAACAAGUGAAGGCUGGUGACAAGAUUGGACGGGCGUCAAAGGCACCAAAAUGUAAACCAAAUUUUAUCCACGUAUCUGUACGGCAAACUCAGGAUGAAACUAUUCCAGACGUGGAUUAUGACUAUACUGAUCCCGGACCAUUUUUAGAUCGACUGGUCCCCAUUCCAAAGUGGAUACAAGAAUGUAAUGACCAUGAGUUUAGGUAUAUUGGUCAAACUUUUGUGUCUGGAGAGACAAACCAAGAAGAAGACCCCGAGUUAAAAGAAGAGAAACUUGAAAGACAAUUUGCAGAUGCUAAUGAACUGGGUAGUAUGCUGGGACAGGAGAAUUCUGCAUACAGACCUAAAAUUCCAAACAUUUUAGACAUAGUAAACGUAAAUAAUAAGACUGUUUAUUGGGUAUUUGCAAAUUUGGCACAAGGAACACAACUUUUUAAUGACUUCAACAACUUGGUUGAUAAAUUGGCAUAUUCCAUGGUUGCUGUUCCAGUCGGGAAUCCAGCAACUAUGUCACUAUCCUUUGUUAAGAAAUUUAUAAAGUUGCAAGGAAUUACUGGCUCUGUAAAAGGCGGAGAUGUCAGUAACGUCGCUGAUAGUUUGAUGGAAACAGCUGGAAAAGUAUGCCCGUGGUUUAAAGGUAGAAUUGCUGCUGGAUUUGGCCAUGUUUGCACAGUACACGAGUGUUGUUUAGGUAUCACCUGCAGUGUUCCCGUCCAAUUUGGCGCAGAAACUAAGCACGUUGAAUUAAGUUUGGAUGUUAAGCCUGGUGAUUUAAAACUAGUAUUUAUAGUCAAUGGGGUCUCUUUUGAAUUCACAGCCAAUGCAUUAGACGAAGAAAUUAACACGGGCAUUCAUCUUUUUGGCAUGAAAGUAUUUUUGGUAACGAUCGCUGAAUUUCAGAAAGGCGUUGUUUCUAUUACUACUGAAGUGAAGCUGUGUAAUGGUCUCUUUGCUACAUGCUUGCGACCAAUCGAUAUUUUCCAUGAAAUCAAGUUUGAUUUAGGAAAGUCAUGCAAGGCAAAGCGAUCGACCAGUUUUAGCUCUAUAAAUACCAAGGCACAAAUUCUUGAAAUGUCAAUACCAACCUUCGUGGCACAGCUUGGGGAAUAUAUGUUAUUAGAUCGUAAAAGCGCAAGGGUGUUUGAAGAUGUUAGAGAUACAGUUGUGAAUGAGCUUAUGAACGAAUAUGCAGACAAACCUGGCGAAAUAGGGGAAGAGUUUAAAAAUAAAAUAGAUUUCUGUGUUAGUGCAAAUAUUCCUGUACCACCGAUUGACAUAAAAUUCUUCAAAGAUAUUCAGCUAUUUUAUCUGGUUGGACCUGUUCCUUUCUCGCUAGGAUUUGGUGGUGGUGGAAGUGUCGGCUUGGGUGUUAAAGUUGGACUUUGUGUACUCAGUAUGACAACACAGUUAACUUUGACACCGUGGGUAGGUGGUAAAGUAUGGGGCGAUAUUGCUGUUGACAUAUUCAUUGCAAGGGGAGCAAUACGUUUAAUUGGAUAUUUAAUGGAAACCAAAUUCCCCAUGACUACAGAACUUGUCUUCUCAAAGUAUCCUAUUGAUGUCGGGGCAAGGAUGGACAUGGUGUUUACUCCUCUUCGUCUUCAGCUAAAAGCUGUUGUAGAGUUAAAUCUUUUCUUUAAACGGGUAACCGUGUUUGAAGGUUUACUUUGGGAAUAUGCUGUACCAUCAAUCCGCAAAAAUAUUUUCAACAAGAAAAAACGAGACGACGACCCAUCCCCUCCUGAAAUUUUACCUAAUACAAUAAAUGAAAGGAAAAAAAGAUCAGGGACUAGAGGGUGUUUUGUACAACAAGUAUUUGGAAGACCAUUCUACGAUCCAGCCUUUAGAAUAGAAAUGCACGCACAAGAUGAAGUCAGUGAGGUAAAAUUAUUUUAUGCGAUUGGAACACAUCGUGGUGGAACAAACGUCGUUGAUUGGACUGAUAUGGGAGGUAACUCACUCAUGGUACCGUCAAAACUUCCUGGAGGUAUCCCUUUAUACUGGUCAGUCAAGGCACAAAAUAGUCAAGGCUUGUCUUUGAUAAGUCAAUGUUUCCUUAUUACAUAUGAUAGCACACUGCCGGACGGGAGAGUGGAACAUCCUUAUAAGUUUUCAAGUCAUCCAAAUAAAAUCAUUGCGUCAGUCGUAGCCUUUGACGACAGUCCAUUGGUAGAAACUCACUACAAAGCUGUAGGCUUUAGUCCCGGACAAUCCGGGUCUCAAUUUGAGGAUUGGCAGGAGCUCCGACUUGAUCAUUCUGCAACACGAAAUGGAGUGAUCGGUGCUUUAAAACAUUUCACAAUUCCUAGGGAGGGAAAGUUGGUGGCAUGGAUUCUAACGUCGCAGAAUACCCCGGAUGCAGAGACUUGUGCUAAGACAUGCAUAAGCUAUGGAUCGAACUGUGUGUCCUUUGACUAUGAGUAUCACUCGGAGACAUGUGAUUUACAUGAUGUUGUACAAGGUGCAAAUGCUUACUUGCGCAUAAGCGGCACAUACAGUAACUUCGAAAGACUUGGCACUGGCUAUAAUACUCCGAUAGAAUACUCUGGCUUGCCGCUGACACAUGGUUCAACAUACUUUGUUAACACAAAAGUUAGGAACGUUCUAGGUUAUGAUGCUUAUCUUGUAGGCGAAGGAACAAUGGUAGAUUUUACUCCACCUGAACCCGGCAUUAUUAAGAAUGCACGCCAAGAUAUUUUACGAGCAGAUAAAUGUAACGCAGCUGUAACUCAGCAAUGUAUUGACGUCACUUGGGAAAACAAUCAUAGAAUAAUUAUAGAUGGUAAAGGCUCUGGUACAGUUUUUAAUGGACACAAGCCCUUGCUAGACGAACUUUACACUCUGAAUAACAAUUAUGUGUCAGCCAACUGGAAAGGUUUCCACGAUGACGAAAGCGGUUUGCGGGGAUUUACAUGGGCCAUCGGAAGAAAUGUUUGCGGCACAGAUCUUGUCCAAUUUAAUGACCCAUAUGUACAUUUAACAAGCAAGAAAUUUUGGACUGAUUCUGGAUUUCAUAAAGGGAUUCAUCUUGAUGACGGUCCAUACUAUAUAACAGUUCAAGCUUUAAAUGGUGCAGAACUAGGUGGAUCACUUGUUACGACAGUUUGUCAUUCUACUUCAUUCACCGUUGAUACAACACCUCCUGUUUUUAACGGUGUAACAGAUAUUAUUUACGACGAGGAUUUUGACCUUAUUGCUAUAUACUAUAACGCCACAGACGAGCUGUCUAAAAUAUCUGACGCUGAAUUCGGUCUUGGUAAAACAAAGUAUGACGUUCAGUUGAAGCCAUACAGUCUCCAUGCCUCAAAGGACAGGGAUGAUCCUUUCGUAGCCGUAAAGGAGCUUGGUUUACAAGAGGGAAUACCAGCAUGGAUCCGUAUUAGAGUAACAAAUAAUGUUGAACUAUUCACGGCUGGACACGGAGAUGAACCAAUACUGAUAGACAAGUCUCCGCCCAUAGCUGGUAAUGUUCUAGAUGGAGACCGUCUCGGUAAUGACAGAGCUUUUCAGGCAGACGAUGAUAAGAUAUGUGCUCAAUGGAUUGACUUUUUUUAUCCAGAGUCAGGACUAGAUAGAUUUCUAUGGGGUGUUGGAACCAAACCUGGAGACGACAAUAUCGUAAAGUUCCAUAAUCUGACAAGAUACGAGAAAUCAGCUUGCACGACUGCCCGUUUAGCGCAUAACAGGAUGUAUUACUCUACCGUGUUUGCUUACAAUAAUGCUUUAAAUUCAAAGUCAGCAAAUAGUUCAUCUGGUGGAGUUCUUGUUGAUGUGACAUAUCCGAUAGCCGGCCACGUAAGAGAUGGUAAAACUAAUGAAGCUGAACUUAAUUUUAGUUCAGAAACUGUUUCCAAGUUUACAAAUUGGAACGGUUAUUAUGAUCCAGAAAGUGGUAUUGAUCACUACAGGGUAGAUGUGGUCAUAAACAACGAGAAAAGAGGAAUAUUUGACGCUGGAAAGGCAACAGAAUUUGAAGAUCAUACAUUAUCGAUGGAACACAAAGACACAGUUAAAUUUACUGUCCAUGGUGUCAACGGCGCUGAUCUUGAAAAUGAGUCAGAAAGCAAUGGAUUUGUGGUAGAUUUGACAUCGCCUACUCUUAAAGGAAUUACCGAUAAUGAUAAAGCCUUGACGUACCAAAGUAACAAUGAAAGAAUGGAUGUGAUGUUUGAAUUUGAAGAUACAGAGUCAGGCAUUAAAGAAUACAGAGUUGUCAUUUAUGAAACAAGAUAUGGUGUUAAGCAGAAAUUCUGGCCUACCGAUAGCCAUUACAAUAUAUAUACCCCCUCUACACCUUUCUUCACAAAAGUGUCUUCUACAGUUGAUGGGUUAUCAUUGAGAGAUGGUGCUUUAUAUUCAGUGCAUGUGACAGCACUUAAUUGGGCACUGUUGGCAUCAUCGCAUGAGACAAAAGGUGUAACAGUUGAUACAACUCCACCACAGGAACCAAAAGUUUACAUUGGACUCUUCAAAGACGAAGAGGAACUAGAUGAUGACGGAAAUGUUUUACACUAUGAUCAGAAUGGUAUACGUGUCAGCUGGUCCUGUAGAGACCCUGAAAGCGGUAUCAAAUGGUACCAAGUUGCCAUAGGAACAACUGAAUCUGACCAGAAAAGUAUUCUGAAUUUCACUGACUACGGAGUUGAAAUUACUGCUUACAUUCAAAAUAUACAUUUUCAAACUUCUAAAGAAUCCGGCAUUAAAUACGUCGUAUAUGUUAAAGCAGAAAACGGAGCGGGAAUUUAUUCAACUGCCGGACAGUCGAAGCCGAUUUUCGUACAAAAAUCUAACGUCGCAGGAAUAGUAUUUGAUGGUAGAAACCUUUAUCAGGAUGAGAUGUAUACGACUGAUUAUACAUCAAUUGCAGCAUCAUUCUAUGGUUUUGAGAGUGAGAGUUGUAAUAUUCUAAACUAUGAAUGGGAAAAUGGGGCACAUUUCUUUGGCAAGAAAGUUUUAUCAAACCUGGGGGUUCCGGGGUUUCGCCCUUGCAGUUUCACAAACAUUGGGCCUGGAACCGGUAUGAAGUUUCUAUCGGACAUGCUCCGCUAUGCUGCGCGACAUCAAAGACUAUACGCCAGUCCAGUUAGGAGAAACGGUCAUUGGGAAAAUGGAAUGAAAUAUUUUGUAACUGUAAAAACUAUUGACUUUUUAGGUCGUACAAAGAUUGCACGUUCAGACGGCGUCUCAGUUCGUAUUCAGCCGCCUGUUCCUGGGCUAGUAAGAGAUGGACUUUUUGAGGAUUUGAAUUAUCAAUUUAGUACAACUGAAUUAUCUGCAAAUUGGGAUGAUUUUGAUGGCUCAAAAGACCCUACACAAGAUAUUCACCAUUACGAAGUUUCUAGUAAUGACAGACGUUACGAGAAAACAAGAUCAAAUAUUCAUUUCUUUGUCAAUGUUGGACUUAAUACUUCAUUCACAAUUAAAGCUUUAAAUCUUACUUCAAAAUUAGUGAAAUAUUUACUCCACAUUUCCCGGUCUUUAUAUAUAGCAGGGGGUUUUAUGCAAAAGGUUUUUUCCAACGGCAUCCCAAAUUUGGUUUUAAUGAACGAUAUCACUGCAGGUACAAUGUCAAUUGAUAGAUACCAAUCGUCUACGACAUUUGUAGAGGUAUCUUGGACAGAAUUUAGAUCAGACAUUGAUAUUAUUGACUACGUAAUCGGUAUAAGUAUCCAUGACAAUGUCAUAACAAACGAUACCCAUACGUGUUCGACAUUUUAUCGUAAUUCAAAUGAGUAUGCCAUUUUUGGUUUAUCAAGCGUUGGCUUAGAUGAAUACAAGAAGGUAUCGGGCCUAAAACUAAAACAUGGAGAUAAGUACUUUGUUACAAUUAUCGCCAAAGAUGAAGCUGGAAUGUGUAUAGGUAUUACAAGCGAUAAAAUCCUCGUCGACACAUCACCACCACGCAUCGGAUCUCUGUUUGUCAAUAAUAUUCGCAGCGAGACUGUGCUUUUUGCUGAUUCAGGUUCAGAAAUGAGAGUAAAGUGGAUUGAUUUCAACGAUAUCGAAUCUGGAGUUAUAGCAACAAAAGUGUCUCUUCUUGAAUGCAAGAAAUGUGGUUAUGAGAAUGUAUCUAAUUCAAAUUGUAUCCCCAUAGCCGAGGAUAUAGUAGAAAAUGAUAACAAAACUGCUUUCUAUGAACUUGAAUUGAGUUCACAAAAUGUAUACCAUAUAAAUUUUACCUUUACAAAUGGGGCAAAAUUGGUGACAAAUGUUUUAAGUAAAUCUAUUUUAGUAGAUACAAGUGUCCCGUUUCCAGGUAAUGUGAAGAUUGCAAAGAACUGGUUCUCUUUGGAUACAUUCCAGCAUUCAACAUCAGAGUUACAUGGUUUAUUAGCUAUUGCAUCGACGUCUGAUGAUUAUGCUUGCCCAACACAAAAACAUUACUUCCCAAAUGCUCAGGAUAUUGAAUUUCAUGUAUUUUCUGGCGACUUUAGUACAGACUUCGUCAAUGUUAACCGUACUGGAGCUUUUCUUGGGAUAGGUUAUAACGCCGACUUAAGUGAAAUGACCAAAUCAAGUAUCGUGUCUGAACCACUUACUUUGGAAAGAGGUAAUUAUACUCUCAUGGCCCUGACUGCAAAUGGAGAGAAUAUUGUUACAACUGUUGCUCUAAUUACUGAUAAUGUUGCUGUACCGUUGGUCAUUAAAGAAAAACCUGUUGAAGUUGAAUUUGAUGAAAGUAUAUUUGAAAAUAUGACGGGCCUUGAAGUUCCUGAAUUAAAUAUCACGGACACAAACACAACAUCAACACCAAUUACAACUAGAAGAAAUCCUGUGUCUUUCGUGCCAUUUAAUGAUAGUAUAAGUAGUACGGACACUAACUUUGACACUGAAGAAUAUGGCUUCGGAGUACAUUUUCUAGGAUAUAAAAUUGCAAACAAUAAACACUGGCAUCAUGUGUUCUGGGCUAGAAAUAAGUUCACAAACAUACAAAGAUGGUUCAGCUUUCCAUUUGAUUUUUCGGCUAAAUAUCAUAAAGUUACAAUCCGAGUAGACAAGAAAUCAGAAUAUUUGGAAACAGCUUUAGAUCUUACGCUGAUUAUUGAUGGUGAAGAAAUUAUAAAUAUAGCUGGUUUCAAAUUUUUUGGUGACAUGAAAAUAACUGUAUUGACUUGGAAUGAAAAUGGAUACAAACCACCGAUAACAGAUAUUUACAAGCCGUUUUACAGCGACGCCGUGAUUCGCCAGAUUGAUAUACCAGAUGAAAUGGAUAAACUGUGUCGUCAUGGUCGAGGAUUUUAUGACGGGGAAAGUAGUGUAAAAGAGAUAUGGCUCGGAGUUUCUGACAAUAAAUUUGAAUUCGGCAAUGUGCUUCCUUUGUCACUGUAUCAACAAUAUUGCUUCCCUUGCCAAGGGCUAUGCGAAACCCUCUGUAAACAGCCAUGUGCACACAAAACACUUUAUGACGGGUUUGAAUUAAUUUCUCUUGACUUAAAAGGUUUAGAUAUGAAAUCUAGUAGUGUUGGUGAUUCAUGCUACAAUGUUUCAAGUGAUUUAAAAUGUAACAGUACAGCGUACUAUAUGAACGUAAAGGCCGUUAAUUAUGCAGGCUUAGAAUCCUUAGUGUAUUCAAAUGCCAUACAGAUAGACCUUACGCCACCGGAAUGUGACUAUGUAAAGUGUCUAGAUCCUGAUUAUAGUAAAGAUGAACCGACACAACAUUUAGGAUCAAGUUCUACAAUCGGUGCAUAUUGGGACUGUUCCGAGGAUGUAAGUCAAAUUGAAUCAUAUAUUGUACGCAUUUUCAAUUCUAUCAAUAAUGAAAUUGUAAUGAACAGUACGUCAGUUCAUUUGAAAACAAAAACAGCGUUCAGAUUAGAAAAUGGUACUUUUAGAGAUGGUGAAAACUAUGUAGUAGAAGUGACAACGGUAAAUACCGCCGGUUUAUCUGUUACGAAAAGCUGUAGCGUUCAAGUCAGUUUAUUUCCACCGGAUACAUCUGGUGCGGUAACUACACCACUUUUCACAAAUGCAUUGUCUGUGUCGGCAGAUGCGGAUGCACCAUAUUGGACUACAUCACAAACAGAAAUAGGAAUAGCGUGGCAAGGUGGCAAUUCGAAAAUAGAAUAUUAUGAAUGGCAAAUUGGAACAACAAGGGACGGACAGGACCUUUUUCCACCAGUGAAAGUUGGGCAGAAAAAAGUUGGAUCAUCUGCUAUUGUCUACGGAAAGCUUGAGUUUGACAGGAGAGCAAUAAAUAGAUCAGUAGCGGAGUUUAGAAAUAUGACAAGUAUGACGCCAGAUGAAAUACGUAACAUAACCGAAACAGAUGAGAAGGAGAAGGCUUUCUUUAACAUGGAACCGGGUCGCUGUGUACACCAGUCCCUUUAUGCUAUUGGAUUUUCUCACUUAAAAAGUAAAAUACAAGGAAAAACUGUUUGUGUCAAACGUGUAAAUGAUUUAUUCUUAAACGGGACGCAAAAGCAGGUCCUGGCUUCAAAACCAAAAUCAUCAGAUAAAUGGAGUGCCAGUGUAGUACCUUUGCCACAAAUUGCUAUUGAUGCCAGUCUUAUUACUGGUGGUUUAAGCUUAGGAACUUUAACAAAAGAUGAUCUGUCUAGUAACUACGGAAGUGCUGCUACUGUGGAUUAUAAACCUUUCAUCAAGGACCCUGAAACUUCACUUGAUCAAACGACAAGACUUCUAAGAAACAGGAUUAAAAAGUUGUGUAAUACGACAUUCUUUGUAUCACCGUCUCCAUUGGCUGAAUACGAACAUAUAAGGAUAAAUAUAACCGUACCUGAUGGAUGUGAGAAAGAUCCAGAUAACCAACCUGCUUUAAUGUUCUGGAAUUUCGACAAGGAGCAGUGGGUUCAUGUAGACGAAGGAUGCAGGGACCAUUUGACAGCUGUAGUGUCUUCUAAUGUUUAUCUCACUGAGAUAUGCAAGGCAAGUACGGAGACAACAUCCUUAACAAAGAGAGCUUCGACAUUUAUAUACAAGUAUCCAAGACUCUUUGCUCUUUCUCACAUUUCUCGCAAAUUUCCAGAUAACCCACCAAUUAUAUUGACUGAUGUUCUGUACCUUACAGAAGAUACUUCUAGUGAACUGCACAUAAAAACUGUUGAUUUAGAAAAUGAUACUCUUGUAUUCGAAAUAACAAAAGACCAAUCAAACGUGGUUUGUGAAAUUCAAGAGACAAGUGGUUUGCUCAAUUGUACACCUUAUGAAGAAUUUAAUGGCGAAGACUCUAUUACGGUUAAGGUUACGGAGACAGGUCUUCCAGAUUACGAGGAAGUUCUUGUCAAUGAAAAGAUAAUAACUCUGAAUAUAUUAGAAGUUCCAGAUAGAACGGAUAGGUACUUUAUUGAUUCGAAUAGUAUAAUUUAUUCAGAUAUUCGACCCUCCAUGACAAUGACUUUCAUCCUCAAUGCAAAUCAAUCAACUUCAUUUUACGCUGGAAAAAUUUUGUUGGCAGAUGUUGACAUAAAUGAAGAGUUUGAAGUCAAAGUGAACUUUAGUCCUCUUGGAAACUCAACAUACGAACUUGUUAAUGCGAAUAGUUCUUAUAUUGAUUUAGAGAAUAUUACAUCAAAGUUAUACAAAAGCUUACGGGCAUAUGACGUUAGUUUUGAAUUUUCUCCAGAGGUCAGUGGCAACAUGAGUCUGCAAUUCAUCGCAAAACUAGCAGAUAGCAGUUUUACCCCAUCUGUAACAGUGCAGUUAUUCAUUUUGAAUAAUCCGUGUGUUUAUGGUCAGUGCAGUUCGCUUACGAGUGUAGGAUGUGACGACAUACUACGAUCCAUAUCAUUUACAGAUUUCCAGUGUGUGUGUUUCCCUGGAUAUGGGGGUCAAUGGUGCCAGACUGAAACAAAUGAGUGUCAGUGGGAACCAUGCGCUCUGAUGUUUGACUGUGAAGAUUUAAUAAACGACUAUAAAUGUAACAUCAACAUACCAAAAUUAAUGGCCAUUUUGAUAUGUUCAAUACUUGCUGUUGGAGGGGCGUCUAUUCUGAUUUGGAAGUUCAUAUAUAGGUUCAAAACUUAUAACGUCAACAAAGUAGCUCCUAACACAGUUGAUCUAAAGAGCUUAGAGAUUAACGAGACAUUUGAGAUGGACGAAGAGCGGCCUACAACAAGUGCUUCAAUAUUUCUAGAAUCUGCUCGAUCAGGAACAGCUGCAGCUUUAACAUUACUGGACGAUUCCAUCAAUGUUUCUGCAAUUACAUCAUUUACAACAGCGCCAGGUGUAAUGCUUCCUCCACACCAUACAAUCAAGCACAAGGGGUUAAAAUCUUCAAAACCCUCGUUUAGACCGGGUCAGUUGCUGCUGUCUUAUCCAAGGGAAGUCAUAGAAGCGAAGAACACGUCAUUGAGUACAAGUAAAUUGGCGUUCAAGACCCAUGGAGAUCCAUAUGAGUUUGAUGAUUCCUCCCAACGGACAUCUGAAUCACGGAAUACCGAAGUAAUUAGAUUAUCUGCUAUUGAUAUCAAAAAGAUAUAGAUAUGACGUUUUAGGACAUGAUUUGCUUUACAUUUAUAUGUUGAUAUGCUUUAUUGUUUGGUUUCAUUUAUCUUUGUUAGAAAUGCUCUACGCUGUUUUUCCAAUGAUAUGUGAUUGAUUGAGUUUGUUAGUGUUCGUUUACUGAAAUAUGUUGCUGAUUUUUUCCUUGUUAUGAUACUACAUGCAUGUUGUUUAUGUCAAAAGGAAUGUGAAAAUAGGUCUGCAGUAAUUUCUUAAUAUUAAUGAUGCUUUUGCAAGGGAAACAUAGGUGACAUUAUUUUACUUCAACAAUAUUUUCAUUAAUCAUUACGAGUAGUAAAUAUACAUAAAACUCCGCUAAAAACUAGCAAAAUUUUAGAAACGUGUUCUUUACUUGAUAGUAUGCAUUUGAGAACUAUAUAAUAUAGUUAGUGAAAACAUUUUUUACGGCACUUCAUUGUACGUAAUAUUUUGUGUGUGUUUGUACAAAUACAACGAUGCAUCUUUUUAUGUUGCUAUUUGUUAUCGCUUUGCAUAAUUUAGAGUAUUAAAA